AUGAACAGAGGAAUGUCUGGAAGUUUUGAAUCUAAAAAUCAUGAAAUGAACAGAGGAAUGCCUGGAAGUUUUGAAUCUAAAAAUCUUGAAAUGAACAGAGGAAUGCCUAGAAGUUUUGAAUCUAAAAAUCUUGAAAUUAACAGAGGAAUGCCUGGAAGUUUUGAAUCUAAAAAUCUUGAAAUGAACAGAGGAAUGCCUGGAAGUAUUGAAUCUAAAAAUCUUGAAAUAAACAGAGGAAUGCGUGGAAGUUUUGAAUCUAAAAAUCUUGAAAUUAACAGAGGAAUGCCCGAAAGUUUUGAAACUAAAAAUCUUGAAGUGAACAGAGGAAUGCUUGGAAGUUUUGAAUCUAAAAAUCUUGAAAUGAACAGAGGAAUGAAAUGUGCUUGUGGACUAGAGUGGGGAGAAGAAAGGAUAUCCGACUCCAACAGAAUUAUCGGAGGAGUGGAAACCUUAGAUGGACAAUACCCUUGGCUUGUUAGAAUAUAUGGAGGGUGUGCUAGACAGUACUGUACAGGGUCGUUAAUCAGUGACAGGCACAUAUUGACAUCCUAUCACUGCUUGAAAAUAUCAAAGACUAAAACCCCCUGCGACCAUUCUGACGGGGAGCGGAAAGCGUUGAUUGGAACGAAUACUUUUGAAAGAAAAAAUCCAAAUGGUAUUUCUUUAAAAAAGUAUUAUUUCCCAGGCAUAGCGGGGAUUGAUUUACAGGACUUGAAUAGUACAGACUUAGCUAUAUAUGAGCUAGAAACCACUGUACAAUUCAAUUCAUCAGUUCUACCAGUUUGCCUACCCCAGAGUGGAACCAAAGAUUAUACUGGUUUAGAAGCUAUAUCUGCAGGCUGGGGGGAUUACAGAGUCGGCAGGAACACAAACUCCAAGGUUUUGCGCUCUGUCUCUUUAACAGUUGCUCCACCAAUACAGCAUCAUACGUUGUUCAGUACUAUUACAGAAAAAAAUGAAGAUGGACUUUACAAGGACCCCUGUGCUGGGGAUAGUGGAGGGCCUCUGAUGCUAAAAAACAAAGAAAAUAAAUUCCAAAUCAUUGGAACUGUUCAGGGCGGGGGUUAUGAUUGUGAUCGGGCAGGGCUUGUGAAGACAUUCGGAGACGAGAAUCAGAAAUGGAAUAAAGUUGGUAUAUAUCUUGACUGGAUAAAGGAGGUUUUAAGUAAUUCUACAGAUACCCAUAUAUGCAGCUAGUUCAGAGUUAAAGAAAAAAAAUGUUAGAAAAUUUAACAAUUUUAUGCUUUUAACGAUCAACUGGAUACAGUUUGCUUUAUAUAAUUGAAUAAAAUUUGAAAUUCUAA